GCGUCUCUCAGAUCAACUUUAACCGUUAACGUUGAUGAAAGUGAGACUACUGGAUAUUUCCGUGCUGUGAUCUGCUCCGCCGGUGGAUUAACGGCAGCUCAGCCCGGUGUGGCGCCGGCGGAUGAUCUCUGGAGCCCGGUGUGUGUCUUUCUGUCAUGGAUCAGCUUUUCAUAAUAAGAUAGAUAAUUAGAUAUUUAUUAGGUCAACAUCGGAGCCAGCGGGGACAUGGACGGGGCCGGAGUGAGCCAGCUGUCCGACGAGGAGCUGCUGCUGCUGGGGAAGGAGGACCUGAUCCGGAGGCUGCGGCGGCUGGACAGCCGCAACAUGGACCUGAUGCUGGAGCACGGCAACAUGAUGAAGGACGUGAACCGGAGGCUGCAGGUCCACCUCCACGAGAUCCGGAGUCUCAAAGAGGUCAACCAGAGGCUGCAGGACGACAACCAGGAGCUGCGGGAGCUGUGCUGCUUCCUGGACGAUGACCGGCAGAAGGGGAAGAAGGUGUCCCGGGAGUGGCAGCGCUUCGGCCGCUACACGGCCAGCGUGCUGUGGAAGGAUGUGGGUCUGUACCAGCAGAAGCUGACGGAGCUGGAGAGCAGUCAGGAGGCGCUCAGGGCGGAGAACAUGGAGCUAAAGGAGAUCGUGCUGAUGCUGGACGAGGACAGGAGCGGAGCCGGAUCCAGGAGCUCCUUAGACAGUCAGUCCAGCCUGAGCAACCUCAAUUGCCCGGUGCCGGUGCGGGACGUCGGGGAUGGGAGCAGCACAUCCAGCACUGGAAGCGCCGGGAGUCCCGACCACCACCUCAACCACUUCCACAAAGCAUCCGAGGAGAAGAUUGCAUCCCUGAGGAGAUCUAUGGACGACCUGAGCGGCCCCAACCUCCACAGAGAUGGGAUCAGUGAUGCAUUAGCCAGCUACAUCAGACAGCUGGAGAACAAGAUGAGAAUGCUGGAAGAGGAGAACAAGCAGCUGCUGUCACAGAGUGCUGUUCAGACCCCCAACAGUGAACCAUCCUCCACAGGGCUCUACCUGUCCCCCAAGCAGAAACCAGAAGCUAUCGUCCAUGCAAUGAAGGUGCUAGAGGUCCAUGAGAAGCUGGACAGGCAACGCUCACAGGAAUACGAUGAAGACUUAAAUGAGAAAGAGAAGGCCAUCGUCAGAGAGAUGUGCAAUGUGGUUUGGAGAAAGCUGGGUGAUGCUGCCGGAUCUAAGCCUUCCAUCCGACAGCAGCUGUCAGGCAACCAGUUUAAAGGACCUUUAUAGUUGUCAGACACCAAGAGAAGCCACCAGUAGUCCCAACACCUUUUUACCACGGACUGGAAGCUCUUCAGCAUGGUUUUGGUGCUCUUGGCUACAGCCUCCUCUGUCUGAACCAAACUGAAUCAUAAUGGAUAUCCAGCUCAGUCUACCAGGACAUAGUACUGAAAUGCCAGCAUUGGAAGACUUUGUUGCAGAUGUACGGACAAACUUCUAAUCUGGCUCACAGACAUAGACUGUUUGAAGUUUUUUAAAGCCUUCGCUAUUUUGGAAGCAGAAAAUCCAAACAUGAGAAACAUGGCUUAAACCUGGUUGUAACUCAUACCCAAGUGGCAGUCACCAUGGCUUAGUGUGACAGUGUAGAGACACUGGCCAAUCAACGGACACGACCAGAAAGUCUCACUUUAAGCCUUAAUAGCUCCUUAACAAGUUAAAAAAAUUGCAAUAUGACCACCUUGAUACUGGACAUAUAUAUUAGUAUAUAAAAAUGUUGCUUUGUAUUUGAGGAGAGAUGUUGGAAGCUUUCAAACCUUCAGUUUCAAGUGGUCACUGAAAGAACUGCCGCUCAAGACACUUCUGCAUUGGCCUCUCUGCUUAGCUGUGGCGACUGCUGCAGUGCGGAGAGCACCAAAGGUAGUCUUGUAGGGGUGUACUCCAAUAACCAUGCAUUCAUACAGUGCUCAAUCAGCUCUGCAGGAGCCCUUUGUUUACUCCUUGAUAGACAAAAAGAAGCUUUGUAUUUCGAUGAUUCAUAGGCUCUUUCUCUGUUUUGUUCUUUUUUAAAUUGAUGAGGUGUCAUCAAAAAACUUCUAUUUAAUUUCCUUAAAAUUCAUGACAUGACUUAUUGACUGUGUUUACAGUGUGAACGCACAGUGAGAAUAUAAAAUGUCCAUGAAGAACUGCAGUUGACUUCAUCAAAGCCAGGAAUCACAGAAACUGUGCAAUUUGAGUCACAACCUUAAAGAAACCCUAUACCCCUUUUCCACCAAAUUAGCUCUGGUUCUUGAACCAGCUCCGUUCAGGAUUCUUGGAACCUUGGUGCUGUCCAGCUAACCAACCUGAGUUUCCACCAGUUUUGCACAGAACCAUUGUAAUCAAGGAUGUGUCAUCUUCAGAGGGCGUUGCACAAUGCACAACAGAAGUAAACAUCAAAGGAAAAUCAGAAACAUUUGUUUAGUUAUUACAGGUAUUUCUUUAUACCUAAGAGACAAGCAUGAGCCAACUAUUAAUGAGAUGCUGUUUUUUUCAACGAUUUCUCAUUUCUCGACCCUCUCUUUCCAGCCUGUAGAAUAUGACACGUCCACUGAUGUCACUGUUUGCACUUUAAGUCAAGAAAAACCUGCUACUUUUAGGCGCUGGCUGAGAACAAACUUUUGGGUUUUGAACCAAUUUGUGUUCAAAAUGCUCAUAACAGUUCAAAAUUAGGUGCAGGAACUGAAACAGAACUGGCUCUAUGUUGGUGGAAAAGGGGUACUAUUGUUCAACCCGUUGAACGAUGACAUGCAACUCAGCUUAUGAAUGAAAGAUGGAUGAAGGUUUGUUUAUCUUCUUCUUUCAAUGCUUAACAGCAGAAUAAUGCAUGCGCAAACACGGCUGGCUCUUGUUUUAGACCGUCUGUACAUAAAUAUAUUCACAAUCUCUAGAAAUUCCUACAAAUGAAGCAAUAAAAAUUCCCAUUUGGGGAAUGCUACAAAAAACAUAUGAGGACAUAAAAUGUUGAUAUUUUCAGUUGUUCGGUUUGACAUCUAGUGUUUCUUAUUAUUCAGCCUAAAACUAAAGAACAAGUUCUUAAGUUUUGUUAACAGUAGUAAUUGUUUCAAUGAAACACCUUUGAGUCAAAUUCAUUGUAAUUUAUUCAUAGAGCUAGCAGAUGAACAGGUAAACAAUGACUUUACAAAACAGCUGCUUAAUGAAAACUAGCAGCAUUUUGUACAUUUAGUAGAACUGGCUUGCAGUAGCUUUACAACAAUAUUAGCCUAAAUGCAGGAGACACAAUUAAACUGCUAUCAGCACAGGAAUUUGAUCAAAGAGUGCAUUUUUCACAAAUCGUCUCUCUUGAUUUGGAGCUGGUUGCACUUUUUAAUACUUCAAGAUGUUUUCAGGGACACCAACAUCCUUGGAAACAUGCUUGUGUUGCCAAAACAGUUAGAUUAGAGGAUUGAUGUCAACUUCAUAUCUGUUUGUCAGUGCAGACAAAGGACCAGGAUAUGUUGUGAUCUGGGUUUUGUUUAGUGUUAUUGUGCAAAUCAGAGGUGUGCACCAUGAAGCAAAUUAAUGGCUUAGUGAAGUAUGUUGAGUCUUAAGAUAGAGUUUUCUGUGUCACAAAGGCUCUCAUUUAACCUGGAUAGAUGCUAGGGUUGUCCCUAGUCACCGAUUCUGUUUGUGAUAUAAAUGGACAGGAUUUCAAGGUGCAGCUGGGAAAGAGGAAAGUGUCUAAUUUCAGUCUUGCUCUUUGCAGAUGAUUGACUGUGGAUAUCAACUUGUACCCACAGAAUCACCUGUGGGUACAAGUUGAUAACCACAGUCAUGGUACCUGUUAUCUCUUACUGGAUCUUAAGGGUUUGCUGCACCAGCUAAUAAUGUAUAGAAAACUUGGCCUUGUCAAACUUGCUUUGUGGUAAAUCCCUCUUACAACCUCACUAUGAUGACACAUGCUGCCUGCUCCCCUUUUGAUGGAAGAAGAGUAACGUUUUCCAUCUAUCUUGGUGCUAAGCUAGGCUAAAUACAACCCAGAUGUUAUUGUACUGGAGGUUAAAUGCAGUCCUUUUACUCUAAGACGGUGAACUACAUAUCCCAACAUGUCACAGUGUCCCUUAUAUUAACAUGUUAGCCUUAGCAUAUCAUUUUGGCUAGCUAAGUUUGUAAGCUAUAUAACAGUGUUUUCUUAUUUUUGAAAUUUAAAAAUCGACAAUGAUAUUGUCCAUUUAUUUUUUCUUUGGUCAUAACAGUUAUGAUAACUCUAUUCCUACUUGGCAAUUUAUGCUGUUUUCAUAAAAAAAAAGAAAAGCAGAUUUCAGAUAAUCAAAUUAGCUAACCUGCUAGCUAAAAUAUAGGUACCAGAAGCUAGCCUGGGUGUUGGACUUUAGAAAAUAUACCUGGCCUCUUUGUCUUUUUUCUGCAAGAGAUAUGUAAAAUAUUACAUAUUUGUCCAGUUAAUUUCAUCUGUUUGCCUACCCAAAGCUCCAUUUGCAAAAACCCAAUACUUGGCCCAUUAAUUUAUCGUCUUUCAGCUCUGCAACGCUAACUUCAACUUUCUUGAAUCAUAAUAGGGUGUCUUCAAACUAUUGUCUCAAUAAACGCCUAUUAUGAAAAAAUCUCUCUUUAGGAUAAUGUUCCUAUACAAUGUACAGUCAUGUAUUAUAAUUUAUGAAUUUAUGUUGGAGUCAUAAAUUAAGUCACAUGCUUUUUGUUUACUUAGGCCCUGAUGGAUUUUCCUUUGAAAUGAUUUAAGUUGAAGAUACCAGUAGUUCCUCCUCGUAAAUAAUGCAGUCUUUAGGCUAUGUCCUAUUUUAUUGGAUAACAGAGUGUGUGUAUUUACUGACACUGCAGAAUAUUUUCUAUGUGCAAAGUGACCACUAUUGAUCACUCCAUUACACCCCAAACAGCUGGUGUUUUCUUGUUGGUAAGAACACAAAGUUCUGUUUUAAAAAUAUGAUGGAAAAAAAUAUUUUUUUAAUGGUGACAUUCAAAUGCACUGCUUGUGUAGUCAUGGAGUCACAGACUUCUAUCUAGUAAUGAAAUGUUCCUCUGUAACAGUGUAUUUAGAGACAGAGCAGUGCUGUUACAUAUCCCAUAGGUAACCAUGGAGUAGCAUGUCUUUUAUUUUUUGAAUAAGCUGUAUGUAUAGCUGAACUGUAUUUUAGCAGUAUAUCAUAGUGAUAUGAAAAAAAUAAAA